AUGAAAGAUGACUUCAUCCCACAAGACUUUACUCAAAUAACAUUAGAAUAUAAAGCUCGUCUGAGUUUUGUGUUACAGACUCAUUCGAAAUAUUUGAAAUUCAAGUCAUUUCCACGAUAUUUAUGUGAAUCAGCUGAUUCAGAUUUUCGACGUCCAUUGAAUUGUACAAUCAAAGAUGAAUCGAUCUUUUAUAAUCAUAUCAAUGCACUUGCAAUUUGGGGAGAAUCAAAUGAUUAUUUUCCCAAUGUCAAAGAACUGUUUAAUCAAAUUGAACGUUUAGUAUUCUCAUCAAAACUUCAUUUAUCCAUUGACACUUUAUUUAAUCUUAUCAAGAAAAUGAAGAAUUUGUCUUCAAUACAAUUUUAUCAUGUUCCAUCGUCAUUUAAUGAGUACAAACAAAAUGUUUCUUUUGAACAAAUUCAUUCAAUUGAAUUUUCUCGAGAAAUUAAAUCGAUUUCAUUGAUACAAAUUUUAAAUGAGAUUUUUCCUCGAAUUCAACGUUUAACAAUGAAAAUAAAUUCGUUUGACGAAAUAGAAAAGAUUUUCAAUCAUUCGAAUUUCACUUUCUCAAUUCAGUCACAUUCCGUUCGUUUUUGGAUUGGUGCGAAAGAUAUCACCGAAAAAAUACUAAAUCAACAAGUAAAAGAGAAGAAAAAAAGAAAAGUAAUUCAGUGCUUCUCAUGGUGUUCAUCAAAAGAGUAUCAAAUUCAACAAUAA